AUGGGAGAGGACAAUGCUCGACAACAUGCUAUUGGUUUGUCACUAGAUGCAUGGAUGACAGUUGUUCUUGGUUCUAAAACUACUAAGAAAUUGAGUACUUUUUAUAUACUAUACGAACUUAUGAAUACUUACUGCCUGUUUGACCAACCCCCUGCAUCCAAACUUCUGCCUAACUGGGGUCUUCUUUACCCCAACGACAACCAUGAUCUUUCUUCUCUAGACCUCCCCUUCUCCCCCCAAGAAAUCUCAGAGGCUGUUUUCGACUUACACCCUGAUAAAUCUCCGGGGCCUGAUGGGUUCCCUAUUCUCUUCUUUCAGAGAUUUUGGCCUGUAGUUCAAGCUGAUGUUAUUGAAUUCAUUCAGGGCCUUCACUCCCAUCCCCAUCUUUUACAGAAUAUCAACUACUCCCACAUCUGCCUUAUUCCCAAAUCAGAUGGAGCAUUCUCUCCCAAGGAUUUUCGCCCCAUUAGUCUCAUUAACAGUUCCUGCAAGAUAUUCUCCAAAAUCUUGGCUAAUAGACUUAGAAAGGCUCUCCACCUUCUUAUUGACAACUCUCAAUCAGCUUUUCAAUCCGGGAAAUCAUCUCUUGACUCUUUUCUUCUUGGUCAUGAAAUGAUCAACUCCUGCUCUUCAGGGAAGAAAGAGAUAUGUGCCUAUAAGGUUGACUUCUAUAAGGCAUUCGACUGUGUUAACUGGUCAUUCCUCCUUUCUCUCCUCAAAGCCAGGGGUUUUGGCCCUAAAUGGUGCCUCUGGAUCCAUCACAUUCUGUCCUCCUCUAAAUCAGCCGUCUUAGUGAAUGGUUCCCCUACCAAAUUCUUCCGAUGUUAUAGGGGCCUUAAACAAGGUGACCCUUUAUCUCCCUUGCUCUUCCUACUGGUGGCAGAUGUUCUCAGCAAAAUGUUGAACUGCAGUGCUGCAGCGGGAGACUUAUCUGACUUAAAUUUGAAAGGGCAGCUUAACUCCAUUAGGACUAUUCAGUUUGCGGACGAUACCAUCAUCUUCUCCAGGGCCUCCCGCUCUGAUAUGGCCACUCUCAAGACUAUUCAGUUUGCGGACGAUACCAUCAUCUUCUCCAGGGCCUCCCGCUCUGAUAUGGCCACUCUCAAUACUAUUCUCACUAUUUUUGCUAACAUAUCAGGCCUCAGAGUUAAUACCCUCAAAUCCAAUCUCUAUUACCUCGGUAAAUCUCUCCAUAAAGGUAAGACGCUAGCUGAGAUCCUCAGUUGCUCUGUUGGCUCUCUCCCUUUUUCAUACUUGGGCCUUCCUCUCAAAAGAGGAUCACUCUCCAAAAAAGAGUGGCAACCUCUUCUAGAAUCUUUUAAAAAGAAACUCUCGUUAUGGAAGAACAAGUCCCUCUCUAUCGGUGGAAGGCUAACUCUUCUCAAUUCAGUUUUAUCUUCUCUCCCCCUCUACUAUAUGUCCUUCUUCAAGUUGCCGAAAUGGUUAAUCAAGGCUAUAGAUAGAAUCAGAAGAAAUUUUCUUUGGAAUGGUAGCCAAUCUCAAUCGAACAUCAAAUGCCUUAUCAAAUGGGGAAAAGUCUGUAAGUCCAAGGCUGAAGGAGGUCUUGGGGUUAUAGACACUGAAAACUUCAACAUAGCUCUCCUCUCUAAAUGCAAAGUGUUUUUCUCUGUUUACUCUAAAGAUGAUUCUAAUUCUUUUGCUCAUCCACUUAAGUGCUCGGCGUCAAGGUUCUGCAAAGAUCUAUCCUCCAUCAAAUCCACCUUCUUCAACCUGAUUAAGUGGAACAUCGGGGACGGCAAAGCUGGUAGUUUCUGGCAUGAUAAAUGGAUUGCGCAAAACUCCCUCUGCAGUCUAUUUCCAAAAGCAUAUCAUCUUGCUCUUUCUCAGAACUGCAGCAUCAGAUCUCAAGGCAGAUUUCUAAACAACGUCUGGAUUUGGCAUCCUCUUAUCAGAAGAGGAAUUUCUCCAUCAGAAAGGUUAGACAAGCAUCACCUUCUUACCCUUCUAGCAUCCUCCAACCUCAGUAUCUCCCCAACUCCAGAUAAGCUCUGGUGGCCACACAAUCCAUCGGGAACUUACUCAGUUAAGUCCCUCUAUUCCUUCGUCAACUCUGGAGGUAUUAAAUCUAAAUUUUUUAGUAUGAUCUGGAAAACUUCUAUUCCUAUCAAGGUCAAAGUUCUUUCCUGGAUCAUCUCAAACAAGAAGUUGAACACCAAGGCAAAUUUGAUCAUUAAGGGCUGGACUGGGGACCCGAGGUGUUCUUUCUGUUUAACUGGUGUAGAAACUCAUGUUCAUCUUUUUAUUGAAUGCCCUUUUGCUCGCGCUAUCUGGUCCUCUAUCUUACCCUCUCUCUCACCAAAUAGUUGGCCUCAGUCUAUGGAAGAGCUUUUUGAGUUCCAUAAAUCUCCCAAUCUUUGCAAGGAUAUCAGAACUAUUUGGAAGAUACUGCUACCAUGCACCUGCUGGUGGAUCUGGUUUAGUAGAAACUCUCUAAUUUUUAAGGAUAGCCAAUCUAAUCCUGCUGUCAUUGCCUCUAAUAUUGGGAGAUAUACAAUAUUUUGGGCAGGUGCCGCUAGGGAGAGGUUGGCAAGGAGUCUCCGUAGAGCUGCCAUCAACAUUGGUCUACAGGAGCUAGCAAAGAAUAACGCAGAUGCUUCUGGGGAUCACUUUUCCCCAAGUCCACCUACUCGAGCUUCUCCAUAA